GUCUCUAUAUUUAUCCAUAUAAUUCAGCGCAUCUUUGGCUCUGACCCGAUAGGUUCAACAAUUUGUUUCUUUUAAUCUUAUGCCAAGUCUCCAGCAUCUCUUCCUCUUCUCUUCGCCGUCAUCUAAAAUCACCCCCUUCUUUGACACUUUACAAGAUUGGAAGAACUCAACGAACAAACUUACAGAGUACGCCCGCGAAUACCAGGGAACAUGCCCAUACCCAGGCAAAAAGAGAGUCCAGAUAACAGAUUCCGGUCAGCGGAGAGUCAAAGAAACAAUAACCACCGUAUUAAAGGCAGUCGUGCUUGGUGAUGAGUCCAUUGUCGGUGCAGCAACAACAGAUGAUGAUUUGAAGGAACUGGGAGCUGUAGCAGGUGCAGUAAUUCAUGCGAUCAAAAAAGCCGAAGUUCCUGCAGACUGGGGAUGGGAAGGUCGUUAUUAUGAGAUAGUAAAAAUAUACGACGAGAAUUGGGAAGACCUGCUGCGACUGUUGUGCGAGUUCACACCAGACAUCGAUGUGCAAGCCGUAGCCAAUAUCACGGAUGUCGAUAACUCUGAUGUUUGGGGGAUGCCACACAACUUCUCACAUCGUCCAUGACUCAUGCUGGACAUCACCGCCUGCAAGCCCCCCCCCCAGUGGGGGGAGCAUGGUGAAGCAUUCCCUGUCAAAGAACAAUACAUCUUAGAGAGAAAUCUUGUACAUGGUCAUUAUAUCAACGUAAAAGUUGGCUUGCAAGACUGGGGUGUUGAAGAAAGAAAACCAGAAUGCCGUCAAAAAAAUUCGAACGACCGUAUGCAUUUUGGGGAAGAGCAACACCAGUGAUACCAAAGUGGGCGAUCAGUUACAUGAGAAAGAUGGGUUGACAGGAAGGAAGUGGCUUGGGUGUUAAUCUCGAAGGGGUUCUCGAAUAUCUGAAAGCUGUCAAAAACGUCUCAUUCAGUGGUUUGGGAUACGAUGGACUCUUGGAAGCCACCGAGACAAGUGGAAUGGUUGUUUGCUACAAUCAUCGAGAGGAAUCGCACUGGGAGGAGUACAACUUUGACAAGUCGAAGUCAAACCACGAGGAGUACCACUAUUACAAGCAUGAAAUGGUAUUCGUCUCUCCAAGAAAUGACCAAGAAACUUCGGAGAUGGCAGCGACAACUUUGCCAGGAGUUCCGCGGGAACCGUGGAACGAGUUCCACACCAGGAAAGAGCAAGAGAGAGUAUGUAAGAAAGCCAGGAAGCCUUUAGGGAGUUCAUAAAGCGGGGUGUAUUGGAGUUGAGUAAGAAUGUAUAUUCAAAGCGUGCA